AUGUUUAUUUCUGAUACGGGCUAUUAUUAUUGGUAUGGAAGUCGAAAUAACAGAAUUCAAAAAUGGAUCAAUGGAGCCAUAAAUGGAUCAACGGUAGCUGGCUAUAUCGGGACGGGUUCAACUCUUAGCCUCACAUAUGAUUGCUCUGGUCUUUAUGUUGAUACAGCAGGUAACAUUUAUGUAUCCGAUGCUGCAUUCCAUCACGUAGCUAAAUGGACUCCUAAUGCAAACGUUAGCUUACUCGUAGCAGGAACGACGAGUGUACCUGGAUCAAACCUUACGCAGCUUAAUUCACCGAAAGGAAUUUGGCUCGAUAGUUUGAACAAUUUAUACAUAGCAGAUUAUGCAAAUCAUCGCGUAAUGAAAUGGAUCAAUGGUGCAACAAAUGGCAUAGUAGUAGCAGGAGGUCAAGGACAAGGACCGUUUUCCACACAACUAAACUAUCCUACUUCAGUUGUCGUAGAUACAAAUGGAAAUAUAUUUGUCUUAGAUUCUUCUAAUCAACGAAUACAGCAAUGGACUAUUGGCGCUGCAUUUGGUAUAACUGUCUUCGAUGGUUCAUUCAAUAGUGCAUUCGCGAGUGGAUCUCUUAGUAUGGCUGCAGAUUCAAUAGGUAAUCUCUAUGUAGCGAACACCAAUGGUAUAGGUAUAUGGAAAAUAACACUUGUGAGCAAUUCUACAUGCACAGGUGAGACAUAA